GCAAGGCAAAGAUCUUUGGGUCGGGCGCAGGAUCAGUCAACACUCAGGUGCCCCGUCACCUGGAGACGGUGCCGGCCAUGGGUAACACACCGGAGAUUUACUUCCCGAUCCGCCGAGCGCGUUUGGAAGCGUAAACAUGGAUUCCCUGCCCCCUAGAUAGUCUGGAUAGAACAAACAGAGGAUAUUGAUGCUCUGGAAUCGCAAACUCCUUGAGUGAACCUGCACCUGAACGCGUGGGAGGGAUUCACUGUGUCAGCUGAGCCGACGAGGCACCAUAAAUACCGCAGCAUGGAGACAUUAUUCACUAGCUCUGAGAGUGAGCUGGGAUUCACUCAAUCUUCCCACCUGCAAGACCACGUUGUGGAGAAACCAUUUCCCUGUCCCGAUUGUGGGGAGUGAUUCACUCAAGCAAACAACCUGAAGAGUCACCAACAGCAAAUUCACGCUGAAGAGAAACCAAUUCCCAGUCCUGAUUGCGGGAAGGGAUUCCCUCAGGCCAGCAACCUGAAGGAACACCAGAGAAUUGCCACAGGUGAGAAGCCAUUCACUUGUCCUAUGUGUGGGCGGGUGUUUACUGCAUCAUCUGGGCUACAGACACAUCAGCUGAUUCACACCGUGGAGCGGCCGUUCACCUGUUCAGAGUGUGGGAAGGGGUUUACCUAAUUGUGUGGGCUGCAGAAACACCAGCAGGUUCACAUCAUGGAGAGGCCGUUCACCUGCUCUGAGUGUGGGAAGGGAUUUACGCAGUCAUCUCACCUAAAGUCACACCAGCGGAUUCACACUAGAAAGAGGCCGUUCACUUGUUCUGAGUGUGGGAAGGAAUUUAGUGACAUAUCUGAGCUGCAGAGACACCAGCAGAAGCACAGCGGGGAGAGGCCGUUCACCUGCUCUGAGUGUGGGCAGCGAUUCAUGCAGUCAUCUCACCUGAAGAGACACCAGCGGAUUCACACUGGCGAGAGGCCGUUCACUUGUUCUGAGUGUGGAAAGGGAUUUAUUGACCAAUCUGGCAUACAGAGACACCAGCAGAUGCACAGCGGGGAGAGGCCGUUCAUCUGCUCCGAGUGUGGGAAGGGAUUUGUGCAGCCAUCUCAGCUACAAGUACACCAGCGGAUUCACACUGGGGAGAGGCCGUUCCCUUGUUCUGUGUGUGGGACGGGGUUUACUAACUUAGCUGCGUUACAGAUCCAUCACAGAAUUCACACCGGAGAGAGGCCCUUCAUUUGCUCUGUGUGCGGGAAGGGCUUUAAUAACUUAGCUGCAGUACAGAGACAUCAGAGAAUUCACACUGGGGAGAGGCCGUACCACUGCUCUGAGUGUGGGAAGGGAUUUAGCGACACAUCUGCACUACGGAGACACCACCGGAUUCACACUGGGGAGAGGCCGUACACCUGCUCUGAGUGUGGGAAAGGAUUCGUUGAAUCGUUUGUGUUAUUGAGACACCAGAGAAUUCACACCAGAUAGAAGCAGUUCUCCUGUUCUGGGUAUGCAGUAGUACAGUGCUGGUAAUAUUUUAUUUUGAACAUGUAAAACAAAAAAAAAAAGCCAAAAUAACAAUAAAAUAAAAUGAACAAUAAACCUAUACAUUAACAUUGAAUACAUUAAAUCUACAUGUUCGAAAAGGAGUAACCAUAUAAUAACACAUAUAACAAAUACAGCACGGAAACAGGCCAUCUCGACCCUUCUAGUCCGUGCCAAACACAUAAUCUACCCUAGUCCCAUAUACCUGCGCUCAGACCAUAACCCUCCAUUCCCUUCCCUUCCAUAUAACUAUCCAAUUUAUUUUUAAAUGAUAAAAACGAACCUGCCUCCACCACCUUCACUGGAAGCUCAUUGCACACAGCUACCACUCUCUGAGUAAAGAAGUUCCCCCUCAUGUUACCCCUAAACUUCAGUCCCUUAAUUCUCAUGUCAUGUCCCCUUGUUUGAAUCUUCCCUACUCUAAGUGGGAAAAGCUUUUCCACGUCAACUCUGUCUAUCCCUCUCAUCAUUUUAAAAACCUCUAUUAGGAGGAAGUAUACACUUAUUUAUUCCACUCCUUCCCUGCUGCUCAAAAAAUUAAUUCACAAACUUUAUCUCAUCUACAUAUACAUAUACAUAUACAGAUAUAUAUAUAUAUAUAUAUAUACACGCAUAUGCGCGCACGCAACGCAAAUAUCACACUGUCAAUAAACUAAAACAACUGUCACCACAACCCUCCUUAUUCUUAUACCUCUGGAAAAGAACUGUUUACACUUCUUAAACUGUGUAAUGUUUGUGCUUUGCUUGAGUUCCACAUCCAAAUCAUUCCACAGUUCCACCGCACAGGUUGAAGUACACAUCCUCUUCAUAGUUGUACGAACACAACGUUUUUUUAAAUUAAACUUCCCUGUCAAAUUAUAACCACCCUCCUUUUUAAAGACCAAUUUUUGUCUAUUGUGUUUAAGAAGGAACUGCAGAUGCCGGAAAAUCGAAGGUACACAAAAAUGCUGGAGAAACUCAGCAGGUGCAGCAGCAUCUAUGGAGCGAAGGAGAUAGGCAACGUUUUAUUUUGAACAUGUAAAACAAAAAGACGCUAAAAACAAAGCCAUAAUAACAAUAAAAUGAAAUGAACAAUAAACUUAUACAUUGAAUAACUUCUCAUACACAUCACAAAUUAAAUCUCACAUGUUCGAAAAGGAGUAGGAGGAAAUAUUCACUUAUUUAAUCCACCCUUCCCCUGUUACCUGGCAGUAAAUUAUUUAUUUCUUUAUACAUUAUUUGUGCUGUAUUAAAUUCUACUAGAUCCAUAAACUUUAAGGCCUUUGACUUUAACAACAGAGAGUUGUUCACAAAAUCCUACAUUGUUAACUAUCCUUAUAGCCCUUUUUUUUGCAUUAUGCAUAAUGGAUGUCGGGUGCUUUUCAGAUUCAGAUUCAGAUUCAGAUUCAAUUUUAAUUGUCAUUGUCAGUGUACAGUACAGAGACAACAAAAUGCAUUUAGCAUCUCCAUUGAAGAGCGACAUAGCAAACGAUUUGAAUAAAUAAUAAUAAGUGUCCGGGGGGCGUGGUGGUGAUUGGCAGUCACCGAGGUACGUUG